UUAGGGGUGAUUUUAUAAUUUCAUCAUUUUUUCCCCCUCAAUUAAAGUUGCAAAUUGCGACAUGAUAUACAAAAUUUGUAUAUAAGGCUUUUUGACGAGGGCAACCUCAAAUAUAUUGGGAGUAAAUUCGUUAAUUGAAAUUGAAUUUUUUUUUGACGAGAAAUUGAAAAACUUUAAUUAGUCUCAAAUGAAUCUUGAAUAUUGAGCAUAAAGGUCGUCGGUCGCACCACCCAAAUACUCGUAAAUAAUUUUCCAAAGCUACGACACCUGAAGACCGAUUGAGGCUAGCAUCGAAGAGAGAGAUUAGAGAAUGGAGGGAUCUUCAACUUCUGCUCUUAAUUCCUCUAAUAUCGGAUUUCAGUUGUUGAAGAAGCAUGGUUGGAAGGAAGGAACUGGUCUUGGUGCUUCUCAACAGGGUAGGUUGGAGCCUGUAAAAACAUAUGUUAAAAAGAACAAAAGAGGUUUAGGGGCAGAAAAGUGGAAAAAGAAGGCUUUGCAAUCAUCCACUACAACCACCUCUGGAGAGAAGGAGAAAACUGAGAAAAUGUCAAAAAAGGAGAAAGCACUCUCUAAAAGGGUGCGGAAAAUGCUGGAUGAAGAAAAGCGCCGGCGAGAGAAUGAAGUUCGUCAAGCAUUCUUCAGAGAGUUUUGGCCAGAGAAUGUCUGACAUUGGGUCAUUAGGACAACUAAUUGCAUGCCCUUAAUUGUUGGCGAUACCAUGUACAGGUCUUCUUUCUUGCAACAGCGCUUGGAAGAUCUCUGGGAAACUUUGAAAAUAAUUGGGGAUCUUGCCUGCACUUGCACGCCGUAAAUAGCCUCACAACCCACACACCCACCUGCUGCACCCUAGAUUAGUACCAAGUACUUGUAUUUUGGGUACUCGUCUUAUGUUAUAAUUGUCGCACUCGAUGCUGAUGUGACCUACAAAUAUUUGUACAAUUAUAGUAUUGAUAGCUAGGAUUAAUGAUUUAAUGAGGGUCAAUUGUUUGUAUAUAUGGGAAUUUUUUAUUCAUAUAUUCUAAAUUUUAAAUUAGAUGUUCU